CCGAUGCCGCCAUUCCUCCAUUCAUUCAUUCAUUCAAUCUCUCUCCUCAAACGCGUGGGGUCCCAAACCCACACCUUAUAUUAUCAUCAGAUCUUCCAUAAACAUUAAAAAUAAGCUUCACUGCUACUCCACUAUAAUUGUACCUCCACUCCUUCACUCCUUCAUCUGUCUGCUAAGUAUGUCUACUACUAUUAUUUCAUUUCAAUAAAGUAGAAAGACAUAAAGCUAAAAGUUAGGGUUUUUCUUUCUUCUUUAAUCGUCAGUAUAAUUGAAUUUGAUUUGAUUGAAAAAUUGAAAUCUUACCCUUUAUUAUUUUCUCUCUCUUCGUGUAAUUGGAUCGAUCUCUGUAUUCUCUUUCCUCUUUUUUUUUUUUGUUUAGCAGAAGCAGAAGAAGUCACCAAUUGUGAGUUCGUCAAUUUUUGUGUUUGACAGAGUCCAACUCUUGUUUAAGUCCACUUCUUUGAUGCUUUUGGCGAAAUAUGGCGAACAAAACGCAUGGUGACAGUAGGGCAAGGAGUUCCAUAUCUAUAUUUAUUAUAGUUGGUCUAUGUGGCUUCUUUUAUUUGUUGGGGGCAUGGCAGAGGAGUGGGUUUGGGAAGGGAGAUAGUAUUGCUAUGGAGAUUACUAAAAGUGGGGCGGAUUGUGCGGUUCUCUCGAAUUUGAGUUUCGAGACUCAUCAUGGUGGGGAGAUUAAGACUGGAGAUUCUGCUAUUAGUACUAAAGUGUUUCCGCCGUGUAAGGAAAAAUACACGGAUUACACUCCAUGCCAAGAUCAAAAGCGUGCUAUGAUGUUCCCAAGAGAUAAUAUGGUAUACAGAGAAAGGCACUGUCCCACUCAAGAAGAGAAGUUGCAUUGCCUCAUACCAGCACCUAAGGGAUAUGUCACUCCGUUUCCAUGGCCUAAGAGCCGUGACUAUGUACCAUAUGCAAAUGCUCCUUAUAAAGCUUUGACGGUGGAGAAGGCUAUUCAAAAUUGGAUCCAAUAUGAAGGAAAUGUCUUUAGGUUUCCGGGUGGUGGAACACAGUUUCCCCAAGGAGCAGAUAAAUAUAUUGAUCAGCUCGCUUCUGUGAUUCCAAUCAAGAAUGGGACAGUUAGGACAGCCCUAGACACUGGUUGUGGGGUUGCAAGUUGGGGAGCAUACCUUACGAGCAGAAAUGUCAUCGCAAUGUCAUUUGCACCAAGAGAUUCUCAUGAGGCUCAAGUUCAGUUUGCUCUUGAAAGGGGGGUACCUGCUGUUAUAGGUGUUCUUGGAACAAUAAAGAUGCCAUAUCCAUCAAAUGCUUUUGACAUGGCUCAUUGUUCUCGUUGCUUAAUUCCAUGGGGUGGAAAUGCUGGAUUGUAUAUGAUGGAAGUUGAUCGUGUUCUCAGACCCGGGGGGUACUGGGUGCUUGCAGGUCCUCCUAUCAACUGGAAGAAUAAUUACAAGGCAUGGCAACGCCCAAAGGAGGCUCUGCAGCAGGAACAAGAUAAUAUUGAAAAGACAGCUAAACUUCUUUGCUGGGUAAAGAGACAUGAGAAGGGUGAGAUAGCCGUUUGGCAAAAAAGUCUAGAUGCUGAUUCUUGUCGAAGGAGACAAGAUGAGUCAAAGGCUACCAUGUGUAAAUCCAAUCCCGAUGACGUUUGGUACAAAAAAAUGGAGACUUGUGUCACACCAUUUCCAAAUGAUGGUGCUGGUGAACAGCUGAAGCCAUUCCCUGAGAGGUUGUAUGCUGUACCUCCUAGGGUAGCUAGUGGAUCAGUUCCUGGCGUUUCUGUUGAUGCAUACUUGAAGGACAAUAGCAUGUGGAAGAAGCAUGUCAAGGCUUACAAAAGAAUCAAUAGCCUUCUUGAUACUGGUAGAUACCGUAACAUUAUGGAUAUGAAUGCUGGGUUGGGAGGUUUUGCUGCAGCGAUACAUUCUUCUAAACUAUGGGUUAUGAAUGUUAUGCCUACUAUAGCUGAGAAGAAUACCUUGGGUGUUAUAUAUGAACGAGGGCUAAUUGGCAUCUAUCAUGACUGGUGUGAGGGUUUCUCUACAUACCCGAGGACAUAUGAUUUGAUUCACGCAAAUGGUAUCUUCAGCCUCUACAAGAACAAAUGCAACUUGGAAGACAUACUUCUAGAGAUGGACCGGAUCUUGCGUCCCGAAGGGGCAGUAAUAAUUCGCGAUGAAGUGGACGUGUUGGUAAAGGUUAAAAAGAUUGUAGCUGGGAUGAGGUGGGACACGAGAAUGGUGGAUCAUGAGGACGGUCCAUUGGUUCCCGAGAAGAUACUGGUUGCUGUUAAACAGUACUGGACUGUCGAUGGAGGCAAUGUUACAUCUACCCAAUGAUUUAAACUUGUGAGUCCCAUGGUUUCCUUCCUCCUCAGGUUCAGCCGGUGGUAUUCUUUCAGCACCAGGAUAGAUGGCUGUACGUGUGCUUGUUUGCUUCGACGUGUGGCUACAGUUGUUAGUAAUUAGAUUUACAAGCGAUAGAUAGUUAUAUUUCCCCUUUGUUGGGUAAAAGAGAUUAAUUAGCAUUGAUUAAAUUCUGUCAAUGUACUCUAUAACCCCCCCUGUCCCGAAGUUUUUGUUUAAUUUGUACUACUUAUUAUUUAUUAAAUUUAUCUGUGUUAUUCUAA